AAAACUUAUAGGUGUGAACUUUUCACAGCUUUAAUAUCGUUAAUUACUGAUAUGAAGAAACUAUGGAUCUCAAAAACAAAUUGAAAUCUUUAUUAACAAAACAGAACCCUGCUUUUGUCCUGGAGAGAACCAUGCCAGACAAGGAUUCUCAUAUAUCACUAAUCGAAGAAAACAUCAGUCAUGAGUUGUUUGCUGAUGAACCUGCUGUUUCCAAGUAUAAGCAUGAAAUGCUGCAGUCUAACCCACAAGAAGAUCGUGAGACUAUAGAGAAUAUUGACAAAGAAUACUAUGAGGACACAGACACCAGUCUGUUUGAACUGCAGAAACUUCCAGAAGCCCUAAAUUUAGAGCAAAUAGAUGAUGAUAGAAACCGACUUCAAAGACAACUGCAGGCAGUUUCAAAGAAAGUUUCUGAGCUGGUUUUGGAGAACCACCCUGCAUAUGCAGCCGAAUUACAGAGAGUCAUGGAGCUCCAGAAGACAUUACAGCUGGCCACUAUCAUCUGCAAAGAUGGCAGAGGGCAACUUUCUGAAGCGAGACACAAAUUCACUUUAGCAAGUCUCCGCCUGUUGUCCAAUGUGAGGAAACGACAGCAGCUAAGGGAACUUCUCAAGUUUAUCAAAACCAUCAAGACACUGCAAAGAACUGACCUGAGAUUACGUGAAAUGAUGGUGGAGGAAGAUUUCUGUGGCGCUAUCCAGCUUUGUUUGGAGUGCCAGAAAGCCGCAGCAAUGUUGAAGCACUACGCUUGUAUCAGUGAAUUGAGUUCAAAACUUCAAGACACACUUGAGUCUAUAGAAGAGCAGCUGGAUUAUGCCUUGUCAAAAACCUGUGUUCGUUUUGAUGCCAAACAUUACCAAAAGAUACAACAGGCAUAUGACCUGCUUGGGAAAAGACAGAUGGCGCUCGACCAGUUGCACCUUCACUUCACGAGCGCCAUCCACAACACAGCAUUCCAGGUGGUACUAGGAUACGUGGAGCUCUAUGCUCCGCCAGGUGGAGCAACCAACUUCAACAAGCUGCAGUUUGCUGACCUUUGCAAGCAUGUGACCAUAGAAAGUUUUACUCCGUGUCUCAUCGGUGUGUGCAAGGCCUUAUGGGGGAUUAUGAAGAGUUAUCACUGCACAACCCGCUGGCAUGAAACACAUCUUGACACUGCUAAUACAGACCAAGCCUCUGACAACCCAGACUCCAUGAGUGUGGCCUACAUCAAGCAGAAGCUUGAACAUGGACUGGUGCGAAUCUGGCAGGACGUGCAGCAGAAAGUGCGCACAUACAUUCUAGGCAUUAAUCUCUCCGCCUUCAAACUUGAGGAGUUCAUUCACUUUCUUGACAUUGUUAACAGGAUGAUCGACAUUGGCGAGUAUUUCUGUGACAGCAAGUCGGAGGGCCUGCAGGAUUCAUUGAAGCAGCAGAGUCUCAACUAUUUCAAAAACCACCACAGAGCCAAGAUGGACGAGCUACGAAUGUUCCUGGAGAAUGAAGGAUGGGAGUUGUGUCCUGUCAAGUCAUCAUUCCAUGUGCUUCACUUAGUGGAGUUUAAAUUCAUGAGACAGUCUGUCACACCACAAAAUUUCCUGACUAAUAGGAAUGCAAGGCAGCCCACCUCUGACCAAUCAGAAGCUCAGUCUCUUAAAAGACAAUAUUUUGAAGAGUUCUCAGGGGACACUACUCCAUUCGACUUUCAGACUGAGCAGGAAGAGAAGGAAGAUGUUUUUGCAGGAGCAGGGGAUGAUGGCAGUGGUGGAGAGUACAGUGACAGUGAUUCGGAUGUGCCAGAGGAGCUCAAGCAGGACUUCAUAGAUGAACUCACGGGGGAAACACACUCCAGGCCAGGAAAACGGAAGUUUUCAAGGAGUCGAAGUUUCCAGAAGCACGUUUCCAUAGUGACAAACACAUCUUUAAAUAUUUUCCGUGUCUUAGGUCGUUACAUUCAAAUGAUGCGCCUUCUCAAGCCAAUAGCCUUUGAUGUGGUGACUUGUGUGGCGCAGCUGUUUGACUUCUAUCUGUACGCUGUUUACUUAUUUUUUGGACAAGAGUUGGGCACCAUGGAUAACCGGAACAUUAACAUUCGCUUGAAGACGACACUUCACAGGAUUGAAGAAAAUCUAAUUUUUGAUGCAGACACAACAACGCCUGCUAGUAAUGUUGACCAGGUUGAGCACAGGAUUUUGCUAAGGAUUGCUUUUGAGAGAAUGCAUGCCCCGCAUUUGUCCCCCAUUGUGGAUUUGAAGAACCCAGCUAGAAUGUACGGUUUAGCAGAGAGGAUUGUGGCUGCCGAGUCUCUUGUAUUCCUUGGAGAACAAAUGGAGUUUCUUUUGCCACAUUUAGAGGCCAUUAUUCCAGGAAAUAAGAAGGCCUUCUUGCAGCAAUUUUACUCCCAGACAGUGAACAUGGCGUCUGAGCUACGUAAGCCAGUGUACUGGGCGGUGUCAUCGCGGGUCAUCAACUAUGAGAUCGUUCUGCAGCACAUGGCUUCUGUGAGGUGGGAUGUCAAAGAAAUCAUGUCUCAGCACAACAGCUAUAUAGAUGUUCUCAUUCAGGCAUUCAAAACUUUCAACACUCAGCUGGGAGACAUUUGCAAGAUGCUGCCAGUGCCGCGGGCCACUUAUGACAAUUUGUGGGACCAAAUUGUACGCAUAUCUGCUCGAACCUUUGUCGAGGGCUAUGCUAGUGCCAAGAAAUGCAGCAUUGAAGGAAGGGCCUUGAUGCAGCUGGACUUUCAACAGUAUUUGAAAAAUGUGGAAAAACUGGUUGAAAUCAAGCCCAUUCCAGACAGAGAGUAUGUAGAAAAUUACAUCAAGGCGUAUUAUUUCCCAGAGAAUCAACUGGAGGGCUGGCUUCCUGAACACAGGGAGUACAGCUUAAAGCAACUGGUAUCACUGGUGAAUGUUGUGGACCAUCUGAACAGGAAGGCCAAGCAGCGACUGACUGCAAUGUUGGAAGACAUUGAGAAGUCUCGCAGAUAGCUUUAGUGUAUGUGCCAUGUAAAAUAUUGUGAAGGAUUGGUAUAUGCAUUUUAGCUGUGUGCAGUGAAAAAGGGGUUCAACGCAUGUGCUUAAAGUGUUGUCCCAGAUUGGCCUGUGCAAUCCGCAUAGGCUAAUCAGGGAUGACACUUUCUGCAAAAACUUGAUUUUUGCUUAUAAGAGACUUUCUUGAAACGAAAAAUAUCAUAAAAGCAGAAAAUGUCAUCCCUGACUGCACAGGCUUAUCUGGGGCAACAGUUUUUGCUCAUUCAUUAAACCCCCUUUUCACAGAGCAUGGUUAAUAUAUAAUGGGGGAAUAUUUUUAUGACUAGAUAAAUCUGAUACUGCCUUACUUGUUGGUUAUUGUGCCCUACCGCUUUCACCGGAGGGGACUUAUGGUUUUCGCACUGUGCGUCUGUCUGUGAGUCUGUCUGUCUGUCUGUCACACUUUUAUGGAUCUUGCGAUAACUUUAAAAGUUGUUCAUAUUUUUCAGGAAACUUGAAACGUGGAUAGAUGGCAUUAUGGACAUUAUGCACGUCAUUUCAUUUUGUUCCUAUGUCAAAAAUUCUGGUUGCUAUGGAAACAAUUGGGAAAAAAAUUCUGACAAUGGUGGAAUUUCUGACAAUGGUGGGGUCGGUAGGCGACAUAUAUUGCUUGGCAAUAGUUUUGUUUCAAACUGCUCUUUGCAAGCUGUCUAAAUCUACCGUAGAGAAUAUUAUAUGUAUUGGAACAUAAAAAUGAUUGAUCAUUGUUAUACUGGUAUGUGUAUUUUGGGGGACAUUUUUGCAGCUGAAAAGAAUUGGACAUUCAGAGUUCCUCAUUUUUUAAAUAUUUUCUGAAAAUUAUCAUGUGUAAAGAAAUAUGAUGAAUAUUUUUUUCAUAAAAAUCAUUAAAAUGUUCAAGUUCUGGAACAUUGAUAUUCACUUGUCAAGUUGAUAAUGUAGAAGUAAUAAAAUGGUCUACAUAAUGUUUAAUAUAAUGUUGUCUGAUGCUUAACACUUUCAAAAUCUCAUUGUUUUGCUCCCCCAAAAUUUAUUUUGGGGGGAGCAUAUAGUAGCCGCUUCGUCUGUCCGUGUGUCCGUCCGUGUGUCCGUCCGUGUGUUCGUCCGUCCGUGCACAGUCCGGGCUAUUUCUUAGCAACUAAUGACCGGAACUCCAUGAAACUUAAUCGGAAGCUUUACUACCAAGAGGAGAUGUGCAUAUUAUCAGCAGGUUCUGGUCGGAUGAUUUUUCACAGAGUUUUGGCCCUUUGAAAUUUUCCAUUAGCUGUACAUAAAGUGCAAUUUUUGUCAGGGCUAUUUCUCAGCAACUAAUGACCGGAUUUCAAUGAAACUUUAUGGGAAGCUUUACUACCAAGAGGAGAUGUGCAUAUUAUCAGCGGGUUCUGGUCGGAUGAUUUUUCACAGAGUUAUGGCCCUUUGAAAUUUUCCAUUAACUGUACAUAUAGUGCAAUUCUUGUCCGGGUUAUUUCUCAGCAACUAAUGACCGGAAUUCAAUGAAACUUUUUGGGAAGCUUUCACUACCAAGAGGAGAUGUGCAUAUUAUCAGCGGGUUCUGGUCGGAUGAUUUUUCACAGAGUCAUGGCCCUUUGAAAUUUUCAAUAAAAAAAUUAUUAUCCCCCAACUACUGUGCCCUCAAGACGUUUCCUUUUAUCUGAAUAUAUAGUGCAAUAUUGUGACCAAAAAACCCUUUGGGAAGCAUCACCCGUCUUCGACGGUUUCUUGUUUUUAUUACAUUUUAAAUCUCAUUGAACUGUUGAAACCUCUUGCAUUGCCUUUGCUUUUUCCUUAAUCAAGCGUUUUUAAUGAUAUAAGGGACUUGGUCAAGGUUUUGCAAAUUAACAAUAGUUAAUAAAUUGUUAUUGAUUCAAGAAGUAAGGUAUGCAUUUUCUUCAGGCUAGUUAAAUAACACUCCUGACAAAGAAAAAUGUUUAAAAUAUCGGUUUGCUUAAAGAUAAACAAUCAAAGUCGGUACAAUAAAAAUAAAAUGUUCAUCAAUAAUUUGACAAAUGUGUGUAUUACGAAGAUUCGGAUAAUGUCAAUAGCCAGAGUGAUAUAGUGGUAGGUUGUUAUCUUUUUCUGCAAGGACCCUGGCUUUAAUUCUACGUGGGGCAAAACUCUUUAGUCAGCAUUUUGUAUCGCUAUUAUGAUAAUUUAAAACUGUUCUGAAUGUAACAAUUAUUUAAGAAGCUUCAUUAACAUUUUUCAAAUUUAUGCAAAUCUGUGAUCAAGUCCCUUUAAGGUCAUGCAGUAAAAAAUCAAUUUGAUUUGUAACCCCCAAAAAUAUGUACAUUAUUUUUUGAAUCAGAAUUGAGUUCAACGGCAUAAUGCUUAGGAUCACUGUUUUAUUUAAUCAUUUGAUUGGCUUUAACCAGUGCUUAUUUUUUUUUUAAAAACACACAAAUAUAUACAUGUAUUGAACUAUUAGAACUUAGUGAAUAUUCAUUAACAAUCCAUAUUCAAUAAAAUGAAUAAAGUAACAAAACUGAAAAAUAAAAUGCUUAAUAUUUAUAUACAGCAUUAUAUUCAUUUUGUAUUGAUUUUUAAAGAUUUGAUAGUAGCAUUUAUUGGUUAGUAAGGAAUGUCUUCCAAGAAUGCCAGUAAGUGAUGUUAUAAGAUUGAUGUGAAAAGUCACAAUCCAAGAAGGUCAUUUAAACAAUGCCUUAUAUGUAAACAGCUACACAUGUAAGCCAAAAUAGUAAGGUGAAUCCUGAUUAGACAUGUGCACAUUUUAAUUUCAGAAUUGAAUGAAGAUAUGUUACAUAAGUGUGUGUUUAAUAUUAUAUAUGUAUAUUUUGAUGUUGUUAUUUAACUAUAAAAAUGAACUAUUAAAGUGUAAAAACAUC